CCAGGUUUGGAGAUGGAUUAUACGACUCCUAUAUGAGGAUAGAUCAGAUCAGGUACCAAGAGUCUACAAAUGAAGAACACAGCCCCUCAGGACUCCCUUCCCUUGGAAGAUCUAAUGUUUCUAGCAACAAACUCGCAAUGAAGGAUCACCCUCUGACUGGAAGUCAGGUCAAAGUGGAGCAGUUAUUUGAGGACUCUGGCAACAGAAGGAGUAGCACUCUUCAGUCUGCAGGAAUUACUGGUUCAGAAAGAUCUCUCCCUUCCCUGACAAAAGAUAAAAGUAUAGAGAGCAUAAGCACUUCGAAAGGUGGUGGUAGUUCCUCAAAAGCACAUAAAGCCAUUUCCCAAGCCCCAGAGCAAGCUGUCAAACAGUACAAACAUCAGUUGUCUGCUUAUGAGCAGCAAGAGAUAUUUAAUUUUUCUGAAAUUUACUUUGUGGGUCCAGCUGCAAAAAAGAGACAAGGAGUUAUUGGUGGUCCCAACAACGGAGGGUAUGAUGAUGACCAAGGCAGCUACAUUCAUGUGCCCCACGACCAUCUCGCUUACCGGUAUGAAGUACUUAAAAUCAUUGGCAAGGGCAGUUUUGGACAAGUUGCUAAAGUCUACGAUCACAAACUCCACCAACACUUAGCCUUAAAGAUGGUUCGCAAUGAAAAGAGAUUCCAUCGCCAAGCAGCAGAAGAAAUCCGGAUUCUGGAGCAUCUGAAGAAGCAGGAUAAAACGGGCAGUAUGAAUGUUAUUCACAUGCUGGAAAGCUUUACCUUUCGGAACCACAUCUGUAUGACCUUUGAACUCUUGAGUAUGAACCUGUAUGAGCUGAUUAAAAGAAAUAAGUUUCAGGGCUUCAGUAUCCAACUGGUACGCAAGUUUGCUCACUCUAUCCUGCAGUGUUUGGAUGCCCUUUAUAGAAACAAAAUCAUACACUGUGACUUGAAGCCAGAAAACAUCCUCCUAAAACAGCAAGGGAGGAGUGGAAUCAAGGUUAUAGAUUUCGGGUCCAGCUGUUUUGAGCACCAAAGAGUCUACACGUAUAUUCAGUCUCGAUUUUAUCGGGCACCAGAGGUAAUUCUGGGAAGUCGCUAUGGGAUGCCUAUAGACAUGUGGAGUUUUGGCUGUAUUCUGGUGGAGCUAUUGACUGGAUAUCCUCUUUUUCCUGGAGAGGAUGAGGGAGACCAACUGGCUUGUAUGAUGGAACUUCUUGGAAUGCCACCUCGGAAGCUUUUGGAUCAAUCCAAGCGAGCCAAGAACUUCAUCAACUCUAAGGGUCAUCCUCGCUACUGCACUGUAACUAUGCAUGCGGAUGGAAGAGUGACCCUUAAUGGGAGUCGAUCGCGCCGGGGCAAAAUACGAGGUGCUCCAGGGAACAAAGACUGGGUGACGGCACUGAAAGGCUGCGACGAUCCCUUGUUCAUAGAGUUCUUAAAAGAAUGCCUCAGCUGGGAUCCUUCCGCACGCAUGACUCCGAGUCAAGCUUUAAGGCACCCUUGGAUUUGUAAACGAACGCCCAAACCACCCAGCACUGAUAAAACCUCCAGUAAACGGAUUUCUAGCUAUACAAGUUCUUUCGCAGGAAUAGGUUCCAAGUUGCCUCCCGUAGUUGGAGUAGCGAACAAGCUGAGGGCUAACUUAACAUCCGACUCCAAUGGCGGUAUACCUCUAUGUACUGUGCUACCCAAACUGGUCAGCUAA